AUGAACAUUGAAUCCUCUCCCCACCGUGAUCGCUCCUUUGCCAUGAUGGAGGAUGGUGUCGAAUCCGGUGACCCACUGAUUGUGCUAGACGUUGGCGGUCGUAUUUUCAAAUGCCAUCGUUCCACUCUGCUCAAUUCGGGGAGUCACUACUUUUCCAAUCGAUUCGGAGGGACGUUUGAUUCAAAGGCAGCCUACUACGAUGCCAAUGGUCUGGAAGUCUUCUUUGUGGAACGAUCGGGCGAGCUGUUCGAGUAUAUUUUUCAGUACAUUGUCAGCCUCAAACUCAAUCUACCGGCAUUUCACAAGAACCCGACGCUGUGGCGCAAUCUACGAUUGGAAGCUCUCUAUUUUGGACUGCAACACCUCAAUGAUCUACUCAAAGUCACGCAUCGCGUCAUUCCCAAUUCCAGCAAUCACGGCGUUCUCUACUGGUUGGGCACGCGACGAGGCGCCACGGACUAUCAAAAUCCCUAUUCCAUUGGUGCCGUCCAUGUGGGCGGAUGGGUCGAUGACAGUUCCUGCCACGAAGAAUACCUCUUUGGGCUGGCAGGAGGCAAUUACUCCCGAAAAAGCUUUGUCCAAUACCGCGCCGAACCCAAAGAUAUGGACUUUACACUACGAAACGAGUCGGAUACGCUCACAUCCAUUCCCAUUGGCAGCAGUUGCCGCUUGUUGGAUUGCGAUCACGGAGGCAAGCGAUUGCCCGCGGUCCUGGAUUUGACGGAAGGGUGUUACGUCAAACCAACCCACUUUUCCUUGCGCUCAUCCCUCUGUCUCGGCAUGGAUGUCGAUUGGAAUUUGGAAGGUUCCCUCGACGGAAUCAACUGGGAUGUCUUGCACGCUUCGCGAAAUGAGGAUUAUUUGCGGCUACGAGGAGAAUUGGCCAAUGGCAAGGCUGCCAUGCAACACGUUCAACGCGUCUUUUUUGACGAGUUGGAGCUGCAUCAAGUCAACCAUAAAGAGGCCAUGGACGUACUGGUUUCCUUUUUAGAACGGGAACAGCGGCAUACGUGGACACUCACACCGCCACCGCCCAUUUUUUAUCGGUUCUUUCGUCUCAUUGGAGCCGAAGAAGAAGGUGCAGGAGGAUGUCUGCAUUGCGAAGGAAUCGAAAUCUAUGGUGAGGUAUACGAAGAUUAG